AUGGAUGUGUUGGAAGGGUCUGGAUCUGGUUUCGGGUCCGGUUGGUGUGUGAGCUGUGGAAACAGAUCAUACUGGGAGGAAUGGGGACCUCAGUCGCUCUUCAACGGCACCGAGCUUGUGGUCGUUACGACGCUGUGUGUCCCACUGCUGCUGCUCGGACUGCUGGGAAACACGCUGACCAUUCUGGUGGUGUGGCUCCGCCCACAAAUGAGAAGCACCACCUACCUGUACCUGAGCAGCAUGGCCAUAUCUGAUGUGCUCAUUCUGCUGCUGAUGCCUCUGGAUCUGUAUAAGUUGUGGCGGUAUCGUCCGUGGUUGCUGGGCAAUGCCGUGUGCAAGCUGUCGAUGUUCGUAGGAGAAUGUUGCACCUUCUCGUCCAUCCUGCACAUGACCUCGUUGGGGGCGGAGCGAUAUCUGGCCGUAUGUUUUCCUCUCCGUGCACGUUUGCUCGUGACUAGAGGGCGUGUCCGCGUGCUGAUCGCCGGAUUGUGGGGUGUGGCCAUGCUAAGUGCCGGGCCUGUAUUUGUGUUGGUGGGGGUGGAGGGUUUAGAGGGCGAAGCAAGUGAAUGUCGCUGCACACAGUACGCUCAGACGUCCGGUCUCCUGAAGGCCAUGCUGUGGCUCUCAAACCUCUAUUUCAUUUGCCCGCUCGCCAUUCUCUCCCUCCUCUAUGGCCUGAUCGCCCGCCGCCUGCACCUGCGCUCACACAUGCACCGGGACAAAGCUCACCGCCAGACGCUCCGCAUGAUGGUGGUGAUCGUGCUGGUGUUUGUAUUGUGUUGGCUGCCGUUCCAUGUGAGUCGGACGCUGUUUUCCGUGUCGGACUCCAGCGAUAAGUUGUAUUACAUCAGUCAGUAUUUUAAUCUGGUGUCUUUAGUGCUGUUUUACGUCAGUGCUGCUGUGAAUCCUCUGCUGUAUAACAUCAUGUCUGCCCGCUACCGCGCCAAUGUCCUCGCCAUGCUGCGGCUUACGGUGGGCUCCACGGACGAGCUGCGCCACAGGGCCCACACGUCCCCACUCACCGCCUCUCACUCCAGCUCACACUUCUGA